UGGUCUUCUUUGUAUUGAGAGUGAUUCAAUGUAGCAAACAAAGUUUUAUCGCUGGGAGUUGCUCAUCUCUGAAAUACUACUACCUUGGCUUGUAGUCUUUCUCUUCUAGGUUUCAGAACUCGGAGUACUGCUGCAGCCUGGAUUUGAUAAUGUUAUGGUACAGAAUUGCUAUGGACUCGGAACUAUACCAACUGACUUGGACUCCUAAGAUAAAAUAAGACUCAACGGCAGUCAUCGAUACCUCUUCUCCUAAUUAGCUCUUAUCAGAAAAACCAGAGACCAAAAACGAUUUCUCUAAAUAAUGGAGGAGGAGGUGAUUUCCAAGUUUGCAGGAAAAAUUACACUCACUGAAGCUGAGCAGGAGGAAGUGAUCCACGUCAAAACCCACGAUUUUGAGUCCCUCAAGACCAAAUUAGACCUAUCUCUGGUAGGAAAGGUCCUCACUACAAAUCCCUUCUGCAGAAUCGCAUUCGAAACCAAGAUGGUCAUGGCUUGGAUGCCCACAAAAGCCAUGAAGUUUCGAGAAAUAGACGACAAUCUAUUCCUAUUUAUAUUCGGAAACAUGGAAGACAAGCAGAGAGUGCUUGACAAUGGCCCUUGGCAUUUUGAAAAUGCCUUGUUGGUUCUGGACUACACAGAUGGGACUGUGAGACCAUCUGAAAUGAAGCUGAAUCGUGCAGAUUUAUGGGUCCAAGUGCACAACUUGCCAUUGUUGGGUAUGAAUGUAGCCCUUGGGAGAAUGAUAGCCAACUGUUUGGGAAAAUGCCUAGAGGUUGAGGAAGACGGUGAUGGAGAAUGUUGGAGAAAUUGUAUGAGGUUGAGAGUGAGGUUGGAUGUCACUAAGCCAUUGCGGCGGGGCAUGAAGAUUUGUCUUGAAGGGUGUGAGCCAUUUUGGGUGGAUUUCAAGUAUGAAGGGGUACCGAAGUUUUGUUACCAUUGUGGGAUUUGGGGGCACAAUGAGAGUGAAUGUGAAGUUGUGAUUGGGAAGGAAAGGGGAUUUUUGUCUGUGACAUUUUCUCGGAUGUGGGAGUAUGUAUCUUCUUGGGUUGGAUUGUGGUCGAAGGAAGAGGAAGCGUUUGAUUUUGGGAGUGGAAAUGAAGAUACGAAGAAGCCAGAGGUGAUUGAGGAAUCGAAGGAAUGUGGUCCGAAGCUUAGCCAUACAGAAGGACCGGAGAGCAAUGGUGAUCUGGGAGACUUAACUAAGGUUGGAUUUUGAUUUGGUUCCAUAGGGCAACAUGAUGUUAGUGCAGAUGAUUGGACAAAGGGUGGCUUUCAAUCUGGUUCUGCAGUGCCAAAGAGCUGCAAGCAGACAAGAGUCAUCAGAAAGGUGAUCAGGCGAAAUAGAAGUAACCAAACUUAAAGAAAAGCAGCCUAGCUAUCUAUGUGGUAUGGUCCAUGCCUUGUUUCUUAGGUAGAUCGACUUUUAGUUUCGUUGUAUUUUCUUUUGGGGCCUCAAAAACUUUUCAUUGUGUCAAUUAAUGGACUAGGCAGUUCAACUGAAGUA